UAAAUACUGAGAAGUCGGCAGCCUGCUUUGGGGCUGCAAAGGCUUUGGAGGGGCUGCUCCAGGCGAGCUUGGGCAGAAGCGCCUGGGGAAGACAGGCGAGAAGCAAACUCUUAGCGAGAGUGCGAAGCCCCCUCCCCAGGCCCCUCAGGCUCAGCACCUUGCCCAAGCAGCCGGCUGACUUGCAGCUGUUGGGUGUUUGGCUUGCAAAGGUGCAGGGAGCUGGGGCUGGUAAUUAAACCAGCCGACGUUAAUCUCUCCCUCUCCUACUGCAUCUGGCUUCACUCCCCAGCGCCGGUCCCACGCCCGGGGAGUGGCACUUGGGUCUCCCGUCGCACUUGGCCGGUUCCAAGCCCGUGGCAUCCAUGCCCCUUUCCCGUCGGGAGCCGCCCCUGCCUGGCAGGCUGGCACCUGCCUUCCCCACCCUCCUGCUGCUGCUGCUGCUGGGCACUGCCCGGGCGCUGCCCCGCCAGCCCGGGGACUUCCAGGAGGUGGUGCCGGUGAGGAUCCCAGACCCGCGGGGCGGAGAGCAGGUCUCCUUCUGCCUCUCCGCCUUCAGCCGGGACUUCGUGCUGCAGCUGGCGCCCGAUGCCAGCUUCCUCGCCCCCCGGCUGAAGAUCCAGCGCCUGGGCCGGCCGGGCCAGCGGGCAGAGGAAGACGAUGCGGAGCUGAGGAAAUGCUUCUACUCCGGGACCGUCAACUCGCAGCCCGGCUCGCUGGCGGCCGUCAGCCUGUGCCGGGGCAUCCGCGGCUCCUUCCUGGUGGACGGGGACGAGUACCUGCUCCAGCCCGCAGCCCUCGGGGGCGGCGAUCCCCUGCUGCAGCCGCACCGACUCCAGAGGCGGCGGGCGCCCGAGCCCGGGAGCGAUCUGCCCGUGGGGACAAGCCGCCGAGCCAGGCGCUUCGUGUCCGAGGCCCGCUUCGUGGAGACGCUGCUGGUGGCAGACGCGUCCAUGGUCCAGUUCUACGGAGAAGAGCUGAAGAACCACAUUCUGACCUUGAUGUCAGUGGCUGCUCGGAUCUACCAGCACCCUAGCCUAAAGAAUUCCGUCAGCUUGGUGGUGGUGAAGGUGCUGGUUGUGGAGGAUGAGAGGGCCGGGCCAGAAGUGUCCGACAACGGAGGGCUCACACUGCGCAACUUUUGCAACUGGCAACAGAGCUUCAACCCCGCUAGUGACCGUCACCCAGAGCACUACGACACUGCUGUCCUGCUUACUAGACAGGACUUCUGUGGGCACCAGAGCUGUGACACCCUGGGAGUGGCUGACAUCGGCACCAUGUGCGACCCCAACAAAAGCUGCUCUGUGAUUGAAGAUGAGGGUCUCCAGGCUGCCUACACCCUGGCUCAUGAACUAGGACACGUGCUCAGCAUGCCCCAUGAUGACUCCAAGACCUGUGAGAGGCUCUUUGGGCCCCUGGGAAAACACCACAUGAUGGCUCCUUUCUUUGUCCACUUGAACAAGACCCUGCCCUGGUCCCCCUGCAGUGCCAUGUACCUCACAGAGUUUCUGGACGGGGGACAUGGUGACUGUCUGCUUGACGCUCCAGCUGAACCCAUCGUCCUCCCCACAGACCUUCCAGGCCAACUCGCCAUGUACAACCUGGACCGCCAGUGCCAGCAGAUCUUCGGCAAGGAGUUCCGGCACUGCCCAAACACUACGGACGAGGACAUCUGUGCGCAGCUGUGGUGCAGAAUAGACACUAGGGAGCCCCUGUGUCACACCAAAAAUGGCAGCUUGCCGUGGGCAGACGGUACGCCCUGUGGAGUGGGCAGGCUGUGCUGGGAUAGCAGCUGCGUGGCACAAGAUGCGAGGAAGCCCCAGCCUGUGGUGGAUGGGAACUGGGGCCCCUGGAGUCCAUGGGGAGCCUGUUCCAGGACAUGCGGAGGAGGAGUGCACUUCUCGUACCGGGACUGCAAUGACCCCGCACCUCAAAAUGGUGGAAAAUACUGCGAGGGUCAGAGAGCCAAAUAUCAGUCAUGCUGCACAGAGGAAUGCCCGCCAGAUGGGAAGAGCUUUAGAGAGCAGCAGUGCGCAAAGUACAACAGCUACAACUUCACAGAUCUGGAUGGGAAUCUGCUAGAGUGGCUCCCCAAGUAUUCCGGGGUGUCCCCCCGGGACCGUUGCAAGCUCUUUUGCCGAGCCAGAGGGAGGAGUGAAUUCAAAGUAUUUGAGGCCAAAGUGAUCGAUGGGACGUUAUGUGGGCCAGAGACCCUCUCCAUCUGCGUCCAUGGGCAGUGCAUCAAGGCUGGCUGUGACCACGUGGUUGGCUCCUCCAAGAAGCUGGACAAGUGUGGGGUGUGCGGUGGCAAUGGGUCGACAUGCAGGAAAAUAUCUGGCUCACUCAACAGAUCCAAGUAUGGAUAUAAUGACAUUGUCACGAUCCCUGCUGGAGCUACCAACAUUGACAUCAAACAACGCAGCCACCGAGGGGUCCGGCACGAUGGAAACUACCUGGCUUUGAGAACCCUGGAUGGCAAGUACCUCCUGAAUGGAGAUUUUGCCAUUUCAGCCAUGGAACAAGACCUCCUGGUGAAGGGGACAAUCCUGAAGUACAGUGGCUCUCUGACAACCCUGGAGCGGCUCCAGAGCUUCCAGCAGCUUCCGGAAUCUCUCACUGUCCAACUGCUGACCGUCUCCAGUGAGGUCUUCCCGCCCAAGGUGAAGUACACUUUCUUCCUCCCCAAGGACAUCCCUUUUAGCAAGCAGAAGGUCAAGGAAAAGAAAUCAGCCAACAUCAUCCAGCCCAUGCUGACCUCGCAGUGGGUUAUGGGAGACUGGUCCGAGUGCUCCAAAACCUGCGGCUCUGGCUGGCAGAGGCGAACGGUGGAAUGCCGGGAUGUGGAGGACCAGGCCUCCACCACCUGCGACAAGGCUCUGAAGCCUGAGGACAUCAAGCCUUGCAGCGACCUCCCAUGCCCCAUUUGGCGUCUUGGCCCCUGGUCGCCGUGCUCCCGAACUUGCGGCGAGGGAGUGCGGACGCGGAGCACCGCCUGCAUUGACUACGCAGGAAAGAUCAUAGCCCCUGAGAAAUGCAGCUUGCCCCUGCCCCUUGCAGCGACCACCACCUGUGUGCUGCAAGAAUGCUGAGCCAAGGCAGGCCUAGUGCAUCGGAAACACAUAAUGUAGCCAACUACUAACCAGACCAGACCUGACUUGGCAAGUCAAGCAGGGAUGUAGGUUUAAAAGUGAAUGUGCACUAAUUGACCUGAGCAGGCCUCCGGGGGCAGACCUGCUUGGAAGACUCUUUUCUGGUUCCAUCCCCCACCAAUAGACAGCUACCUCAGAAGGGGGGGGAAAUAGUCCGGGGGAAGGGAGGAGUCCAGUGAUUUAUUUUUACUGAUCAAUAGCAAAUUAAUUUUAAUUUAAGGAGCAGUUAAUCAUAUUCUAGGCUAUUUCCCAAAAGGAUGACCUGAGUUUCAGCCAUGCCCACCGAUUCUCCAUUAUUUACCAUAUGUGGCCUGAGAGACUCAUCUGCAGGGAGGCUGAGGGGUAGGAUAGCCGCACCCCCUGGCUUGAAGGGGUUUCCAUUACAUUUAGGGUUUACAAUUUGGUUCAAUGAC